AUGUCUGAGCGAGCUCACUUUCGUGGAGGUGGCCGUGGAGGCGGCGGAAGAGGAGGUAGGGGCGGAGGCGGCGGUCGAGGUGGUGGUGCCGGGGGAGCCUCUUCGCAACAGUCCAAUCAACCACAUGAAAAGCCCAAGAAGGAGAACAUCCUGGACUUGGGCAAAUACGUCGAGAAGCAAAUCACUGUGAAGUUCAAUGGUGGAAGAGAAAUUGUCGGCACGCUCAAAGGAUACGACCAAUUGAUGAACCUGGUACUGGAUGACGUCAAGGAAACCAUGAGAGAUGACGAAGGCAACGAGACAACGCGACCACUGGGGCUCGUCGUCGCCCGCGGCACGUUACUCGUCCUGAUAUCUCCGCUCGAUGGGAGUGAAGAGAUCGAGAACCCCUUUCAACAACCGCCGGAAGAGUGA